GUGGCUGAUCGAAUGAUGGUAUGUAGUGUGUUUGUUGAUAUUUUAGUUAUUGGCGUGGGUGGCGAGCGUUCGAACACAAAAUGGUGCAGAAAACAAUGUGUUGACUGCCGCAUAACAAAUGUCAGUGAAAUUGAUACGUAGGCUCCUUUUAAAACGACACGGAAGACGGCAUUCCUGAAACACAAGUGUUUAUAGAGGAUGAUGAAGAUUUCAUAAUAAUAUUGUACAUAGCCAGUGGAGUUUACCAUGGCUCAUUCUGGAAGUUCAGAUCAUUCGACAAGUUUUCCAGCGCCAAUUUGGGCGCCAUCAAUUCCACCUCCACCGUAUGUUCCAUCGGAAUGGACAACAUCAGAAGCCGCAGUGUUCCAGCCUGCUGUAAACACGCUAUUUUCCUUUCCACCUUGCAGCAACGCUCCACCUCCACCAGUACCGCCAUGUCCUCCACAUCAGCAGGUGACGAUACCCUUCAAUAAUCCUGUAAACCAAGUUCCACCUCCUGGCGCUGCUUACCGUACUUACAGUCAAGCACAUGGACAGCAAGAUGCAGAUUGUAAUCGCUUCAUUAGUUGUCAGAACCAGAAGAUAGAAGGAAACUCUCAGUCUGUGUAUGUGCCACCGUAUCCACCACCUGUACCACCAGGAACUUCAAGUAUUGCAGUGUCAUAUCCUGCAAAUUUUUCUCAGGUUAGUAAUGUACAGAGUAAUUCUCAGUGGUCAAAUGAUGUUCCAGUUCCAGUAAAUCCCUGGUACAAUAAGGAUCUUCCUCAGAAUUCUGUUGUAAACUGUUAUGGUAUUAAUGACUCUGGUUCCCACCAAAAUUUGCCUUUUGGGCCAGAUGCGACGAAGGCGUGGGGGUUACUUCCCAAAUCGUUGGGCAAAAGCCCACAUAUUAACAGUGAAGCAGAGAAAAGUAAUCGUAGGGAACGCCGUCAUUCUCCAGGGAGAUCAGAUCGUAGUAAGCCAGAGAGGAGAAACAAUCGUGAUGAAAACAGUGAAAGGCGACGAACUCGUGAAAGAAGUGUAUCCAGUCACCAUAGUCCGCGCAGAAAGCGAUCCUAUAGUCCCGAUCGUUCAAAUAAAAGGCGUAGUCGAGAAAGGUCCCACAGUCGUAAAUAUGAUAAGCGAACUAGUGAACCUGACUAUAGAUCUGGAUCAUCAUCUAGUGACUGGCUCUCGAAGCGCAGUGAUAGAAGUAGGCACCACCCUCACAGAGAAAGCAGCCGACAUUCGAAGUCACCAGACAAACGCUUAUCAAAUAGGUCGCAAAGGCGAUAUUCAAAAAGUCCUGGGAGAAAACGAAGUGUGGAUAGGAGGCCUAGCGAUAACCCAGUCAUUAAUUCUAGUGAGAAAGAACUCAGUGUGUCAGUUUUGUGCAGCAGUACUGAAGAGUCAGCCAGAAGAUCAUGUUCCCCGAAGUCGGACAACAAGCAGGAGAAAUCGAAAGAAAAAAUCAAGAAAGUAUAUUCGGAAAGAGAUGCUCUUUUACGGAAGUGGAGGCAGAAUUAUUGUUCCAACAUUGCAGAAAUGCAAAUGAAGCUGGAAGAGUUAUCUAAGUUGAAACCUGAACAAAUACUGGAACAUGAGAAAAAAGUGUGGACACGCUCAGCACCAGCUGAUCUUUAUUAUGCAAGAGAUGAAAAUAAUGUAAAAGUUAUGAGAGCCACUCCAAAACUGACAGCCUUGUGUGACAAAUUUGAAGAUGAGAUUGUGAAGAGGGCACAAAAAGUGAGAGAGUCUCAGCCACCUUAUGAACCACCACCGCGGAAAAAGAGGCUGCGCUUGGCCAAGCACAAGUCUGAAAUACGUGACUCAAGUUGCAGUUCUAGUGAAGAAAGUAGCACAGAUGAAGAAGAUUGCACAAUGGAAGAACUAGAAAGAAAGAGGCUACAUCCAUAUCGUUUGCACCCAGAAAUGUGGUUCAAUGAUCCAGGAGAGAUGAAUGACGGUCCCUUGUGCCGGUGCAGUGCAAAAGCUCGACGAAGUGGUAUACGACAUGGAAUAUAUGCUGGUGAAAGUCACUUACUGAAAUGUGAUAUAAAUACAAAUAAUGCUGAUCGACUUUACCAUUAUCAUAUUACUAUAUCUCCACCAACAAAUUUUUUGACUAAAACGCCAACAAUCAUUAAACAUGAUGAACAUGAGUUUAUUUUUGAAGGCUUCUCAAUGUUUUCUCACUUUCCUUUGCACAAGCUACCUACAUGUAAAGUUAUUCGCUUCAAUAUUGAAUACACUAUUCUUUACAUUGAGGAAAAGCUUCCUGAGAACUUUACAAUACGAGAGCUGGAUCUUUUUUAUACCUAUCUCUUCAAGGAGAUACUGGAACUUGUAGACAUGGAUUUUCAUGCCCAUUCUGAUUCAUCUGGCUGUGCUCAGUUCCACUUUAUGCCAAGAUUUGUGCGAGAUCUGCCAGAUAAUGGAAAAGAAAUAUUAUCAAUGAAUGAAGUGCUGAUAUAUCUUAUGAAUAACAGUCAUUCGCUCAUAGAAGAUGACAAGCUAGAGAAAUUGCUUGGUAUGUCUCAGUACAAGUGGCAGAAUUUUGCUGAUGAAGUGAAAGGUAUGGUUGUAACAUAUCCUGGUAUGAAACCAUGCUCCGUAAGAGUUGACCAACUAGACAGGGACCAGCACAAGAAAGCUACUCCAUCUUACCCAGAGAUAGUGCAUUUUGGAAUAAGACCUCCACAGCUCAGUUAUGCAGGAAAUCCUGAAUAUCAGAAAGCUUGGAGGGAGUAUGUAAAGUUUCGCCAUCUUUUGGCUAACAUGCCCAAGCCUUCUUUUGAGGAUAAACGAAAACUUGAAGCCAAAGAAAAUAGAUUGCAGGAGAUGCGUACUCAAAGCAAAAUGAAGAGAGAUGUUACAGUAGCUGUUUCUUCUAAAGGUUUCCAUAGGACUGGCAUCAUGUGUGAUAUCAUACAGCAUGCCAUGUUGAUUCCAGUGCUUGUGUGUCAUUUGCGGUUUCAUAGAUCAUGUGAUGUGCUGGAGGAAAGUAUUGGCUAUAAAUUUGAAAAUAGGUUCCUACUUCAGCUAGCUUUAACACAUCCUUCAUAUAGAGAAAAUUUUGGUACAAAUCCAGACCAUGCUCGAAAUUCCUUAACAAACUGCGGCAUAAGGCAGCCAGAAUAUGGAGACAGAAGAAUACAUUACAUGAAUACACGUAAGAGAGGGAUUAAUACACUCAUCAAUAUUAUGUCACGUUUUGGGAAAAAGACAGAAACUGAGUCAAAUAUUACUCACAAUGAAAGGCUGGAAUUCUUGGGUGAUGCUGUAGUGGAAUUUUUGUCCUCUAUUCAUCUGUUCCACAUGUUUCCUGACUUAGAAGAAGGAGGACUGGCAACUUACAGAGCAGCUAUAGUCCAGAACCAGCACCUUGCUGUUUUGGCUAAGACUCUUAAAUUGGAGGAUUAUAUGCUGUAUGCCCAUGGUUCUGACCUGUGUCAUGAUUUGGAGCUUAGACAUGCUAUGGCUAACUGCUUUGAAGCCUUAAUGGGGGCCCUGUUUCUGGAUGGAGGAAUUGGAGUGGCAGACAAGGUAUUUUCAGAAACAUUAUUUAAGGAAGAUCUGGAUUUGUUAGAUGUGUGGGUGAACUAUCCUCCACAUCCUCUGCAAGAACAAGAGCCAAUGGGGGAUAGAAAGUGGAUACCAGCUUUUGAGCUUUUGCAAAAACUGACAAAAUUUGAAGAAUCUAUUGGAGUUGAAUUUAAACACAUAAGGCUCUUGGCUCGAGCAUUUACGGACCGAAGCAUUGGUUACACCAACUUGACACUGGGUUCAAAUCAGAGGCUUGAGUUCCUUGGAGAUACUGUCCUGCAGUUAAUUGCUUCAGAGUAUUUGUACAAAUACUUUCCCGAGCACCAUGAAGGUCACUUGUCUCUUCUCCGCAGUUCACUCGUGAACAACAGAACUCAGGCAGUAGUAUGUGACGAUUUGGGCAUGACAAGUUAUGCCCUCUACUCUAAUCCAAAGGCUGAAUUGAAGACAAAGGACAGAGCUGAUCUGCUGGAAGCAUUCCUUGGUGCCCUUUACGUUGAUAAGGGACUUCAGUACUGCCAAGUGUUUUGCCAUGUGUGUUUCUUUCCUCGUCUGCAAGACUUCAUUAUGAACCAGGACUGGAAUGAUCCAAAGUCUAAGCUACAACAGUGUUGUCUCACCUUACGCACCAUGGAGGGAGGGGAGCCUGAUAUUCCUCUUUACAAAGUAAUUGAAUGCAAAGGCCCAACUAAUACUCGAGUUUAUACAGUAGCUGUUUAUUUUCGAGGCGAGCGGCUUGCCAAGGCUUCUGGACAUAGUAUUCAACAGGCUGAGAUGAGUGCAGCCAAAGAGGCUUUGGAGCUUUCACAUGGACUGUUCCCACAGUUGGACCAUCAGAAACGGGUUAUUGCUAAAAGCAUGAAAAGACAAACUUGGCCCAAGCGCGCCUCAAUGCCACACAAAUCAAGAUCUUCUCGUACUCCAUCUGAAGGAAACAGGCGCCUGAGUGCAGAUCGAACUCCACGAAAGGAAUAAUGUAUGUUUGAAUCAUUUGCUUGUGACUACUCAAGAUAACCAACAAAAAGUCGCUAUUCAGUGUUAUUUUAUAAAAAGCGUAUCAUGUUCACCAUUGACCUCUGUUUAAAGUGAGUCAUAUAUUAUUGUGGGGUAUUGUACAUAUGUUUCUGUAAAGUAAAGUGUGGCGAUCAUAGUGAGUCAUGUAUUCUGGUUGAGUAGUGUACAUAUAUUUCUUUAAAGCAAGAUGUGUAAGUCACAGUGCACAUAAUAAUAUCGAGAAAACUAGACUGAUGCAUUCAAAAUGUGAUAUGUUAACAUGCAACACUGCCUGACAUUAUUCUCUUCUGUCUUAAGGGAGAAAAUCUACAAUGUUAAUAAAACAAAUAAUGCCUGUUUAAAAGAGCUGUGACCUUUGUACUUGAUGUGGUUGUAAAGAAGUCAAUGAAAUGUUACUUGUUGUUUUCCAGUAUGUGUAAUUUUUAUCACACUUCUCCCGUUCCAUAUAAAAAUACUGUAAAUUAUGCUUUUGUCAUAAUGAAACCUAAAAAUUAUCUACCUAGAUUAUAAAAAUGUAGGAAAAGAUACAUUGCUACCUACCAUAAAGAUAACACAGUAAGUUGCAGACAGGUACAGUUAAAAGACACUUACAUAUAAGCUUUUAGCCAGAACCUUUUCCGUAAUAAAGAAACAUUCACCAUUCAUUCACACAAACAACCACACUUCACACACACGUGACAGCCAACUCCGCUGGAGUUGGUGGUUGUAUGUGCAUGAGGUGUGCUUGCUUGUGUGAAUGAAAGGUGUCUCUCUCUUUUUCUGAAGAAGGCUGUGGCUGAAAGCUUAUGUGUAAGUGUGUUUUAAUUGUGUCUGUCUGCAAUUUAAAAUGUUAUCUUUACAGUAAGUAGCAAUCUAUCUUUUCCUGCAUUGUUGAUAUUCCUACCAGGAGUUCCCAUUGUUUGAUUCUACCUAGAUUAUGGUUUGGUGCCUUAGUGAUCAAGUUUGAUCUCGCACUGCAUUAAUUUUGUUCUCAUUCAUCAAAUAUAUCACAAAUGUGUGUAACUGCAUCUUAAACAAGGACUUAAAAUAUAAUUUUAUUGAUGUGUUUUA